AUAUGACUAACCACAAAACUCCACAGCGGGAAGUGUCUUGCUCCAUUUAUACUGAAUGCGUAACACAAAACCCCCUUUAUACCGGCAGAGCCACUUUAACGUGUUUGUGCUAACUAGCCUGCUAGCUCAUCUUGGCUUUAUUUAAAGCCUGUGUUGUGUUAAAGCAACAGAAAAUGGGGUAACUUGUAUGGUGUUCAGAAACUAUUCGGCUCUAUUCACACCUGGAGUAUACUGGAGUCUUUCAUGGUUAUUUGUUCAGUGGCUAAUCUCUAAUCUCAUUCACAUUAGAGAGAUUUGGGGAAGGUUAACAUCCAGUGAUGGCUCCACCAGGCAAGCGUGCCCCCCGUAGAGAGGAGUUUGUGCUUGAGCUGGCUUGUGAGUGGGGCUCGUGCCAGGAGACAUUUGGUGGGAUGGAGGAGUUCUGUCAGCACGUGGAAAGGCAUUACCAAGAUCUCGCUGUGGAGAGUGAUGACCCAGAUAUACCAGAGGAGGUGCACAGCUGUCUGUGGCAGGACUGUGGGUUUUGCUCAGUGGCAUGUGAUGCAGAGUUGCUCAGGCACAUGCUCUUUCACUGCUACCACACCAAACUGAAGCAGUGGGGAUCAGCUAUGCUCAAGGCUGAUCCUAAAAUGGGUGACUGUUCAGUGGGUCUUCAGAAUCGCAACAUCGUGCCUGAAGUCCAGGAAAGCUUCCUCUGCCAGUGGGAGCAUUGUGAGACGAACAUGGAUAACCCAGAGUGGUUUUACAGGCACGUGGAAAUGCAUGCACAUUGUCUAGAGGUCAAUGAAGAGAAUGUAUUGUUCUGUGGCUGGAAAGAUUGUGAGGCCUCAUUUAAGGGGCGGUUUAAAUUACGAGAGCAUAUGCGGAGUCACACUCAGGAAAAGCUGGUGGCCUGUCCAACCUGCGGUGGAAUGUUUGCAAACAACACCAAAUUCUUCGACCACAUCCGACGACAGACCUCCAUAGAGGGACAAAGGUUUCAGUGCUCUCAUUGCUCAAAGCGCUUUGCUACUGAGAGGCUGCUGAGAGACCACAUGAGGAAUCACGUAAACCAUUAUAAGUGUCCACUGUGUGACAUGACAUGCCCUUCACCAUCUUCCCUGAGGAACCACAUCAAAUUUCGCCACAGCAACGAGAAACCGUACAGCUGUGACUACUGCGAGUACAGCUGUAAGAAUUUAAUAGACUUGCGAAAGCAUCUGGAAACGCACAGCAGUGAACCGGCCUAUCACUGUGACUUUGCUGAUUGUGACUACUCUACCCGCUCCCUGCACUCCAUCAAAAACCACUACAAACGUGUACAUGAGGGAGAUUACACUCCACGGUAUAAGUGCCAUGUGUGUGAACAGUGUUUCACCAGAGGCAAUAACCUCACUGCCCAUCUACGCAAGAAACACCAGUUCAAAUGGCCGUCGGGGCAUCCCAGAUUCAGAUAUAAGGAGCAUGAGGACGGUUUCAUGCGGCUGCAGCUGAUACGCUACGAGAGUGUGGAGUUGACUGAGCAGCUGAUGCGGGAGCGACAAGGCGAAGGGGACGGCGGUGAACCCAUUCCUCCAACACAACGCCUCCAGUCUGGGGAAGAGUCGAGGGAAACUGAGCUUUCUGUAACUGCAGACGAGAACACCAGACUUGGCACGAGAGCGGAUGGAGAAAGAGAUUGCAGAAUGCCAGAAGAUCAAGAGAACAUGCUGCUGGACCUCACAAGUGGUGCAUCUUCCUCAGAGCUGGAGUCGAAUAGGGAGGAGUCUGUGAUGCGACAAUUACAGGACACCGCUCAGAAACUAGGCAUGGAGGUGGUCUAAUUCUGGGCCCCAGAUUAAAGGAAGUUAAGUUAAUUAAAAAUGACUUGGUCAAGAGCAUCAGAUACAUUGCUUACCUCUUAUGCACUAUAGAAGAAAGAGAUUGGUUGUCUUAAGCAGUGUGUAGUGCAAGUGUGUAAAUGAGUGACAGAUUUAUCGCUAAACCAGCUUACAUUUUUAAAAUUUAAUUCCAGCUCAGCUUUGAGGAACGAUUCUCUUCCAGAUCACGUUCAGCACACUUUAAAGUGUUCCAGUAUAGUUGCUUUUGACUGGUUGGUUGAUUUGGUUAAAUUUUUAAACAGUUUCUAGCCCUUUUGUUAUCAUAUGUUAAAAGCACCUUAGAGUUUCUAAUAUUCAUUACAUUGCCAUGUAAUGGAUGUUUCUUGUUUCAGGGUUUUGUUUAAAUGUAAACGCAUGUCAAUCAGGUGAAAAAAAAACCAAUUGUAGUUCACCUCAAAGGCAGCUGCACACACUUAAAGUUACAAACUGCUGCAUUCAUUGAAACGAUACUACUGAUCAACCUUAAUAACAGUGCAAUAUGGUAGGGCAAGAUUAAUAAUCGACAUCAAGAGCAUCAAGGUAAUCAUACAGUGUCUGGGAUGCAUACUGUUUGCAUUGAUUCGAAGAGACAGGAUGAAUCUGACCAAGCAAGCUGCCCUUGAUGCUCCGCCUGUAUGCUCUACUUAGAAGUUGCUGGUAGUGUGACAAGAAGCAUAACCAAAUUUAGCACACAAAAUUAAUAAUGGGAAUGCUCACAUGGCAAUGUAAAUAAUGAAAACGUUUCUGUUUAUCUGCAUUGUGGUCAUUCAUUUGUUUGUUUUGAAAUGGGGGGGGGGGGAAUGUGUGUACGUAUGUACAGUAUAAAUGCAUUUUGUGGAUUGAAAAAAUUAUACAUAUUGCAAGGAAUCACUCAUAAUUUGGUUUAACAUUAUUUUAUUUUUGUAGAUAAACUCUUUAAUGAUCCUGAUGUGAUUCAGCAAUCGCUUCAUAGUGAGAAUAAAGAACAAAUGGUGAAGUUUUGGUGAAGGCCUGCUAUUAUGGAUCACUUUUUUCUUUUUUAAAAUAAAUGUAUAAAAAUUGUUACUGUAAAUGGCAUGGCAGCUAAAUAAAAAUCAUGUUUUUCAUCUA